AUGGCUUCUCAUAACAUCAUCACCUUUGGUCUCGAGUACGAGCUGAAGCUCCGUCUCACCAAGAGCCAAAUACAGGAAGAGCUUUCGAGCGACUCCAUCAGCAAAAACAUCCAGGUCGUCACAGACCCAGGUCAAGUCAGACUCAUCCAUGUCGGACCACAGUACCUGCAAAACAGCUAUCUCAACUUCGCUUUUCGCGACAGCCAACCUCGUCCUCAGAGAACAACUCUGGUCAACAAAACCACUGGAGAAGAGUGUGAAUACCGCGGCUACUCUACGGAGGCCCUUAAAAUCAUGCAGAAGCGACUCCAAACCAUCCCUGGCUACCAAACAACUAGCAUCUACCAAGGAAAAGGGAAGCAAUCAGACUUCUCAUCAGCACGUCUCAAUCUCACUCACGACGAAAGUCUGAACGGCCUCACCAAAACUGCCAAGAUUGCCACUGGCCUCUGCACACCUUCCGAAGCAGAUACCACCGACUUUGUCGGUACAGAAAUUGUCACAGCGCCCCACACAUCACCUGAAGAGGCUUGUGACGAGGUGCAAAAGAUUUCUGCAGCUCUUCGCAGCGACGGUCUCGACUAUCACAUCGAUGAUGAAUGUGCUAUGCAUAUUCAUGUCGGCAAACAAGACGGCUCGCCCUUCAACAUCAAAGCCCUCCAACACCUCGCGUAUCUGGUAUUGAUCUACGAGCAUGAAUUUGCUCGCUGGUUUUACCCUUCACGACGCGGUAACAAUUUCGAGACAAAGUCAAACCGUCUGGAGUUCGCCACCGAGUGCCCAUCACCAGAACCUCAACAUGCAUAUCUUUGCGACGAAGCCGGAAACAUCACCGAAGGAUCUGUCGAAGCAGUAUGGAAUUAUCAACCUCUCUCAGAUAUCCGUAAGGCUAUCUUUGAUGAUGUUGACUCCGCCGACGAUCCAUUCAGAGCUUUCGUCAAGUUGAUGGGAGACAAAGGUCACAUUGUCAACUUCUCAUACAGCGCACGAGACAUCACCAACAACCAACCGGCAGCAACUGUAGAGUUCCGUCAACACCAGGGGACUCUAAAUGGCGACGACGUUCUUCAUUGGGCUCGUCACUGUACAGCCCUCGUCGCUCUUGCCCAGAAAUAUGCCGACAACAACACACAACACCCAAUCACCACCUGGGAGGAUAACAUCGAUAUUGAACAUCUUUGGAGGGAGAUGAAGUUGCCUGAAUCAACAAGACACUUUUAUCGUCAACGUAUCCAGGAGUUUGAUGAGCGUUGGCCCGACGUUUACCAGACUCCUCUUUGCGAGCCCGACAUGGUUUUCGAUGACAAUGUUGACUUCUCUGGCGAAGAAUCUGAGGACUCGGAACCAAGCAUGACGGAAGAAGAAGAUGUACAGGAGAAGUGUUAG